AUGGAGCUUGAUCGUUUUAAGAAAGUGUUAAAGGCCUCAGAUGUUAAAAGACUUGUAGUGACCAGCGCCAUGCUUGCGAUGCUACCUCGUGCCGAUCCAGAUCGGGAUGUCCCAAUCAGAGUUUUCGACAACCAGAAGCGCAAGGUUUACGAGUUCAAAUUAUCCAGCAGACAACGGGGCAGAUACAAAAAGCCAGUUUUCCAGUCUAGAGGAUGGAGAGUGUUUGUCAAUGACAGGGGGAUUGCACCUAGGGACGUGCUCUAUUUCUGGGAGGAGGAGUACCAAAUUCAUGGAACUCGAUAUCGCAUUGCACUAGCAUUUCCAGCAACUCGGGCUGUGGGGCCCAAAAACCAUUUCCAACAGCAAAGGCUGGCCCGGGCAGGAGGUGGGGGCCACGAGACGAGACUGGCCCUAGGGGUAGGCUUGCCCGAGCGCGAGCUCAAGUUUUGGGAUGAUGUCAACAUAGCCCUCUCCAACGUUAAAAAAAUUCAAACACGCGCUACAGUGCCGCCAACGACUAGCAGCCACGUGGCGUCGUCUGGGCUAUCUGAUCAGAUUUUUUCCUCCAAUCCAACGGCAACGAAUUUUUCCUCUAUUCACGUGAAUAGUAGCUGCCCUAACCCUCCCUUGUCAUGGCAAAGGGCAAACUACUGGAAGAGGCGAACCAUGGGGGCCUCCAAAAUCAAUGGACCGGCUCUGGCUGGAAGUGCUCUCAUAAGGCCUAGUUUGGGAUUGCUGCCGCUUUAA